AUGGCUGAUACUCCAUUAUUAUUUCAACUAGGAACUGCAUUUUGUUUUCAUGUGUAUAUCGUAGAGAUAAUUACUCUCAUUGAUUCUGGAACUGUAUACACCUACCAUGAACGCAAGAAAGACACUUCUUCAUCUGGAUAUGGAACCAAAAGUGUGAGAGUUGGAAAAGAUUCAGUCAAAGAUUUUGACUGUUGUUCACUGACCUUACAACCUUGCAGAAAUCCUGUGGUCACGCCUGAUGGUCAUUUAUAUGACAAGGAAGCUAUUCUUGAAUACAUUAUUCACAAGAAAAAAGAAAUUGCCCAAAAAAUGAAACAGUAUGAAAAACAGAAAUCUCAAAUGAAGGCAGAGCAAGAAGAACUUGGUCGAGCUGAAGUUGAAAGCCGUAAAAAAGCAUUUCUGGAAAACGAAGGCAAUCCAGUGUGUGCUGUGAAUGGAAGCAAAGAGCCUAAACCCAGUACAAGCAGAAAUCAGGCCAGCAUCAGCAACAUGAAGAUAGGAAAUGAAAAAGCUUUACCCAGCUUUUGGGUUCCAAGCCUCACUCCCAGUGCAAGUGCCACAGUAAUGGCCAAACCAGAUGAAAAAGUUCGCUGUCCUAUGAGUGGCAAACCUCUUAAGUUAAAAGAUCUGAUUGAAAUUACAUUGACUCCAAUCAAUGACCGAGAUCAGAAGACUUCUCUUAUUACUAAACAGGCCAGAUAUGUAUGUGCUGUCACCAAUGAUGUAUUGGGUAACUCUGUCCCAUGUGCAAUUUUGAAAACCUCUGGGAGUGUUGUGACAAUGGAGUGUGUAGAAAAAAUCAUCAAAAAAGACAUGGUAGAUCCUAUUAAUGGUAAAAAACUCUGUGAAUCAGACAUCAUUCUCUUACAAAGGGGUGCAAGUGGAUUUGCUGGCUCUGGUAUCAAGCUGAAGGCAACUGAAAAUCGUCCAGCUAUGCAAGCAUAA